AGCAAUUAUAGUACUGAGUAUACUCGUUCAUUGGAAUCCUCAACAUGCGGGCCUACGUUCUCCUAGCUCUCUGCUUCGCGGCUGUCACAGCUGUCCCUUCAAAUCCUGGAAGGAUUGUUGGCGGUAGCUUGGCUAACAUUAGCCAGUACCCUAGCAUCGUCUCUCUCCUAUACUCACGGAACUUGAAUGCGUACAUGCAGUAUUGUGGAGGUUCCAUCUUGAACAACCGUUCCAUCCUUAGCGCUGCUCACUGCAUUGCUGGUGACGCCCCUAACAGAUGGCGCAUCCGUGUCGGCUCCUCAUAUGCCAACAGCGGUGGUGUCGUCCAUAAUGUUGCCCAGAUCAUUGUUCACCCCUCAUAUAACUCUAGAAGUUUAGACAACGACAUCGGUAUCCUACGAUCGGCCUCCGUCUUCUCUUUCAACAACAAUGUCCAACCUGCUUCAAUUGCCGGAUCUAACUACAACCUUGGCGUCAACCAACCUGUCUGGGCUGCUGGAUGGGGUGACGUUUACCCUGGUCUAAACGUCGGCUCUGAGCAUCUUCAGCACGUUCAGGUGCUGAUUAUCAACCAGAACGUUUGCAGAAACAACUACGCUAGCCGUGGACUUGUCAUCACCGACAACAUGGUAUGCUCUGGCUGGCCCUCUGGUGGUCGCGACCAGUGCCAGGGUGACUCUGGCGGUCCUCUCUACCACAACGGCAUCGUUGUUGGUGUCUGCUCUUUCGGUAUCGGCUGUGGUGAAGCUAAUUUCCCUGGAGUCAACGCUCGCGUGUCUCGCUUUGCCUCUUGGAUUGCCAACAAUGCAUAAUUUUAUAAGCUUU